AUGCACAACUGCGAUUGUGGACUGCGGCCUGCUGAUGGGCAGCCUCUUCCGAGGCAGGGUGGUGACGGGCAAGUGCAAGGGAUCUCGGGUCAGGACCUGGACUCUGCUGCCAUUUUGCACUCCUGCUUGUCUGAGGGCUGCUCGGGUCCCACUGGCCUAAGGUUUGGAGGCGGCAACCCGUUUGAGGGCAUGAUGGCCAGCAUCACGGAACAGCUUAUGCCCAUGAUCACUGCGCUCAUUCAGAAAGCUGUGCAGGAAGCCAUUGCAAAUGCAAUGGGAGGUGCCCCGGCAACCCCUCCCCGUGUUGUGCUGCAGGAGCCGGACCUGGAGCGAGGGCCCAAGCGCCAUAAGCCUGACCCUAACCCCAGCAACAAGCGAAAAAACCAUGAGUCGAGCCGUCAUCCUUCGUCUCGUGAGCCGGGCGAGGGCAAAGCAGCUGGUGGCAGAGGUGGUCAGCCUGCUGCUGCAAAGGGCUCGGCCAAGGGUGCUGCUAAAGGCAGUGCAGAGGCGGCCCCACCCAAGUCUGGACCUAAGGGCAAAGGGCAGGGCGACCGGCCUCCUCGUGAUGCUGAGGGCUGGACCAAGGUUCAGCGUGCUCCCCCGCAGGGCCCCUUCCAGCUCCGAAGGCAGGAUUGGAGCGCGCAGUUGUUGUCGCAGGAUGGCAUUGCCAAAGCAUUGGACGAACUUAAACCGGGUUCUACUCUGGAAGCUGUCAUUCUUGUUGAGCCCUCGGCGCUGCCGAGAAUUCGCACCAUGCUUGCAGGCACCAGCAAAUCCCAUAAAAUCACCCUUGUUACCUUGGACGCGAAUGGUCCUCACAAGGUCCCGGGAAGUGUGGGUGAUCUCCUACGUUUUCGACGAGCCUCGAUUGCACAUUGCAAAUCUGACCCUGCUGAUGGUGGUGUCCCUUGCUUUGCGGGGCACAAGGCCAAGGCCAUUAAAGUUGUUCCUGCGUCCACUUCGGUCGUCUACUUUAAGGUGCCUGAGAUGUACAUGACGCCUGAUAAAUUCAAGCAUUGGAAGAACAACCCGAGUCGUGCUGCUUCUUCUUGGGCAAGCUCUCACCAAAUCACUUUGAGUGACACGUGGGGUUGGGUCGAGGAGCAGCAGGCUGGCAAGCAAGGACUGCAGUUGUUUGGCAUUGCUCGCCUCCUGGACUCCGAGUUGUCUUCUCUCGUUGCUGUCAGUGGCCGGGAUGGAGUUUUUGUUGAUGUGCCGCGCGGCAAGCUUGUCUCCACUGUGCAGUGGCUUGCUGUUACCAAGGGGGAAGCUCCGACUGCGUACCUUGAACGCGGCCUCCGUAUGAGUGCUGUCCCGCGUGUUUGGAAUUUCCCUCAUGUGCCGGCUAGCUGGGGACAGAAGGAAGUGCUGCAGGUGCUGGACCAAUCCUUCAAGGAUGUGGCUUUGAUUCAGCAUAAGCGCACUGGCGCUGAGUACUUGUAUCGCUUCAGAGCUACGCUUAAACACGGCGAUCUUGAUCUGGUUCCUUUGAGUGCUAUCGUCGAGAGCGAGCCGGGGAAGGACAAUGAAAUCACGCUGUGGGCUACGGUUGCACCCUAUAAGCCUAAGCAAGCUAAGCAGCGACCUCUGCGAUGUGCGCCGACUCCCUGUCUUGCCAAGGAGAAGCCUGCAUUGGAGCCCCAAUCCGUUAAAAUUCAGGUCCCCGCUGAACUGGAUGAUGACGGUAAGGAGGUGUCCCCUGCCAAACAUGUUGCGGCUUCGCAUCGGCAAAUCCCCUCGGGGUGUGAUCUCAUUGAGACUCCGAAAGACGGAGCCUGUUUGUUUCACGCCAUAGCGCGUGGCCUCCACUGGCUUUCGGGCCCUAAGAAAACCGAGCACUCCCACAGGGACUUGAGGGCGCGCUGUGUAGAGCACUUACGAAAAUAUGCUUCGCAAUAUAUAGGGGAAUGGGACGGCCACGGGCCGGCUCUACAAAAAUUGCGCGAAAAUGCCGCAUCUCCGGAGGACGCCUUUGAGGAAUACCUCAAGUUAAUUGCUUCGGAAUCUGCAUACGCCUCUACCAUCGAGCUGAAGGCUCUCGGACGUUUAUUUGAUUGCCACAUCCUUGUGAUCCCACGCGAUGGGAAUUUUAGUGCGAUGUCGUUUCAUGCGCAGCAGCGCAAAAGGAGGCUGGUGUUAUGGUACACGCCUCGGCACAUCGAGCUUCUUUUGCCAGCUAAGGAUGCUAAAGACUACCCAGAGGAGGUUUUCUCCGUUACGAGUGGUGCUGUCGUUGACCUGAGGGCUGGAGGGGAUGAUGCUUCCCAGUGCUCUGGUACUGUUUGGACUGCUUGCGCCCGAUCAAACCGAUCUAAGGCCAGCCGAUCAUCCUCUGUGAAGGCGGGCACUGUGUGGACUGUCACCAACGCGUCGAGCAGAAAGACCGCUUCUUCUCUUAAGCGCGCUCGCGGUGCUGCUGCGACGGUCUGGUCCCGAGCCGUCUCCUCUGGUGCUUCCGUGCAUUCUCAAAUGCCUGCCUUGCCGGAGUGCGACGAUGAUGAUGCCCCGCAACCUGAGCGGUUGCAUCAUGCCAGCCGGGCCCUGCCUCAAUCUGCCCUUGUGAUGGCCCGUCGUAAUCGCGGCCGAGCCUUCCCUGAUGGAGUUGCUAAAUGCAGGCUUUGUCCCUUUCGCCGCAAGUGUGCUGAUCCUGUGAAGGCCUAUGCGGCCUAUCAGCGGCACUUCUUGGAUUCGCAUCCGGGGGAGAAGCUUGGGCUCGCUCCUGCCCGCAAGGCUUCCUGUGUUCGUGACCUCGCUGAUGGCGAGGGGGCGUACUGGAGAUGCAAACGGUGCCAGGCAGGCAUCUCUACUGCUGAUGCGGCCCGUUUUGGCAAGGACUCUCUGUGCCGCUUUCGCCGGGAGCAUAAAACACAGGCCCACCCGCGCGUCUCUUGGGCUGUGUGGAACAAGGAAGCGAAAUCACACUCGGCCACCAAAUGGGCCUCAAAGAUCAGUGUCACUCGCAACAAUGCCCAGAAGGCUAAGCUCCUGCCGGUGCUGCGCGAGCUGGAGGCUCAGGACUUUGAUGCCUUCGGGUGGCCGCGCCAGGCUGGGAAGGACACCAAUACUGUUGAUAAGUAUCCCUUGCGCAUAUGCCCGGCUUGGGUGUGCCGCAAAUGCCGAGCGCCGUGCCCCUCUGCAGAGAUCGCUAGGAAACAUCGGUCGGUCAAGGGACAGUGCCCUUCUCGCACUGCUAAGGCGAGGGCGUGGAUUCGGUUGCGCUCCCUUGCUGCCAAUAAGAAGCUUCAUGAUGCUGCUCCUGCCUCUGUUCGCAAAGAGCAAGGUGAGCUCGCCUUCGCUGCUGCUGAAAAGGUCAAUGUUCCUGAAACGGCUGGCAUCGGCUAUCGCAACCAGUGGAAAGCGCAUGGCCGGCAUGUUGCUCUGAGUGCUCCUGAGGAUCUCGGCAGCCGGGUUGCUUUGGUCAGCGAUUUUCCUUUUCGGCAUGUCCAGCUGUGUAAGGGUCCUGCUUCCACCAGGCACGUGGCGGGACUCUUCAAUUUGCGAUCCCUCCCUGAGGAUGAUUCUUCGCUCCCUGCGAGCUCCCGGAGUGCCACUGAUGAAACCAUCCUGGUGGUGGCCUUUUAUGGCCAGGCCGGCAACGAGCCAGUUGCCCAGACACAAGUGGAUGAGGUUUUGGAGUGUGCGGUUGCCUCGGGUUAUAGGUUUGUGGUUUUGGGCGACUACAACCUUGAGCCUUCCCAAGGCCGCUUAGGAUCGCUAAUUUCGCAAGGCACCGUGCUUGCUGGUGAUGAAUGUGCGCGUGGCCGGCCCCUUCCUGCCACGGGCCCGGUCAAUGCCCAAGGAGUGCGCUCUCGUCGCAUUGAUUUUGCUGUUAAUCAUCGUGACUUGCCUGCGGUUUCUGUGGAUCACUUUACGUGCGAUUUUUCGGACCACUUGGGGGUACACUACUCGUAUGCCCUUGAUGCUCCUUGUCCCUUGGUUGGGCCCAAGCGAUGUAAGCCUCGUGAUGAUCUCCAGUCUUCUGACUUGGAGUCCAGAUGUGCUCAAAUUGAUGCUGGACCCUUUGCGAGCGCCUUGGAACAGAAUGAUUUGGACGGGGCUUGGCGCUUCUUGUCGGACACCGCCGAGCUUCUGCUGUGUGAGCCGUGCUCUGCAGAGUGCGUUCCUCGCGCGUCUUCCUGGGAGCCUGUCGCCCACAGUGCGGCGGGACGGGCUGGCAAACAGCUUGUGAAGUCGGAGGGCCUGCGCCUUUUGCUGCGACUCCGUGCGAGGCUUCAGGCUCUUUCCCACCGGACGAACGAUGCUUUGCUGGUGGCGCGAAUCAGGCGCUCACUCCGGUCCACGCGCUUGAAGGUGCCCAGCCUGCCUUAUGCCCGUGAUGGCGAUGAGCUCUCUCUUCUCCCACAUGUUGCACAGCUCAUUGAGACUUUCAUGCAGCAGGAGGAGGAGGCAAGAAAGCAGAUGUGGCGCACCAGGACGCGUGCUGACCUGCCUCGUGCCCGGUCUUUUGUGAAGCGGCGCGUUGAUGAGCAGCUUGCUUGGGAGCGUCAGCUUCCGGAUGUUGCCAGUCCGGGCGACCCUGCACAUCCGGCGGUCGCGGUUGCAGCUGUGGCAAAGGACCUGCGGGCGAAGCUCUGUCCCGCGUCCUUUAGGGCGGUUGACAUGCAGGCCAUGCGUGAUCUGUUGCGGCCCCUGCCGCGCCCCGCAAGCUCGGAGGUCGUGCCUAACAUCACGCCAGAGGCUCUCCGACGCUCAAUGCAGUCCAUGAGGCACCGUGCUGCCGGGCCGGAUGCGUGGAAACCUGGACUGCUAUGUUCCAUGCCUGAUCUUUGGUGGGUGUGGACCCACACGGUGUGGACCUCCCAGCUGUGGAAUCGGUGCCUUGCUUGUUGUGACGUCCCCGCCCAGUGGGCACAGGCACGUGUGGUGAUGAUUAAGAAAAUCAAGGGGGGCUUCAGGCCGUUAACCAUCUCUCAAGCUGUCUGGCGUGCGGGAGCAAGGAUUUUGAAUGCCCAACUCUCCGACUGGAUAGGUUCUUGGAGCUCUCCGUCGGAUGCCGGUGGCAUCCCGGGCACGUCGGUGUCGGGUGCCCUGCUUCAGCUGAAUGCUGCAAUGCGCGGUGGCGCUAACGUUGCGGUUCAACAGGACAUUGCGGGGUUCUUUGAUGCCAUCCAGUUUGAAGCCCUAGAGGUCCUCCUUUCUCAUUUGAAAGCGCCGCCUUUUCUUUGGCCGCUGCUGAAGGCCUUUUACACGCGAGCUUCGCGCAUCGUCCAACUUGAUGGUGCAUACAGUGAUGCCUGGUUUAAGCCCCGCUUGGGUAUAGCUCAGGGUUGUCCCUUAAGUCCCACCCUUGCUGCCGCAUUUAGCCACCUUUGGACCUUGGCUGUGUUGAGGCAAGGGGUUUCAGGCCUGGUCUACCUGGACGACCGGUCCUUCUGGACUUUCUCUGCGGAUCUUGGCGACCUGGAGCAUGCGAUUCGGCGCUCCGACCGAUUCGAUGCCACUUGUGGUCUUGAAAUUUCCCUGCCAAAGUGUGCGAUCGUGGCGCCGGAGGGUCAUGUCGAGGCCUCUGCUCUGGCUGCCCGAUUCAACUAUCAGUUUUCGCAAACCCUUGAAGUCUUAGGUGUCACUGUUUCCUUUAAUGAUGAAUGGGGCUUGCUGAAAUUUUCCUUGAGAAAAGCUUUGCUGCGCAUGGACCUUUUGCGCUGGGUGACCGCUUGCAGUCGACUGCGGGCCCUCAUGCUGAAAUCACUUGUUUACCCGUGCUUGGUGUGGGCCGCUGCCUAUGCCACGCCACUGGCAGGCGAGAUGAAGCAAGUUAGAGAUGCUGCGAUUCGUGUUUUUGACUGUCAAUUUUCCUUUGAAGCCCCGCGUGUCCUGAUCUUCGAACAUGUGGGGUGGAUGCUGGAGCCACAGUGCGCUGCUGACUCUGCUGUGCUCCGCGAGGCCUGGCGCCUCCUCUGCAAGCCUCCGGCCUUUGCUCUGGAGCAGCCGCGUGAUGCCCGGGGCCAGCGCUGGGAUCAGCUGUUGCCUGCUGCGCCUGGCCUCCUUCGCAAAUUGGGGUGGAGCGUUGUUGAACGCCCUGAUGGCUUCUUUUUCGCCUGCCGUGAUGACUUAGGGAUCUCUCGUGAGGUGCAGGUCGGAUGGGAGAGCUUUGCUGAGGUUAAGGGCUGGCUGUUUGACCAUUACCGGCACCUUUACAUGCAGAGAUGCCAGCGCGUCUGGCGGAGCUUUCAUAGGCCGGACCCGAGCCUUGCACGCGGCCUGGAUCUGGCACCUCCGUCGCGGGAUGCGCGCUUCAGCUUUCGUGGGCACCGCGUUGCCAUGCAUGAGGCGACCACUCCUUAUAUGAGACGGGCUGCUGCUGUCACGGGAGGCUCGUGCUGGUUCUUUACGGCCGGGCAGGGUUUGAACGAGCAGCAUAGGCGCAUGCAGUGCCUCUGCGGAGCGACUGCUCCGUCGCGACCGCAUGUGACCUGGGUUUGCGAGUGCACCGAGGCGCUCCGGCGGGAUCACCCCCCUCCGACGAAUCGGGCGGAGGAGCGCAUGUUUGCCAAGUCGACUCCCUUGAAACCUCCGGCGCCUGCCGCCUCUGACUGUGGGGCUUUUCGGGCGGACUUGGAUGCUGCUUUCCGUGCUGCCCUCGGCUCUGGCAGGAGCAGGAUUUAUGCGGCUACUGAUGGCUCCAGCCAUCGAUCUGUCGGUGCUUAUGCGGUGGUGAUCGGCGAUCCGUCUUGUGUCUAUGCCAUGGGCACUGGGGCAGAGGAUCAAUCCCCGUAUCGGCAGGAAGUUCUGGCCCUCCACGCGGCCUUUGCUUCGGUCCACCGGGUGUGGAGUGAGGGCUGCGAGACGUGCAUUUUCAUCUUGACCGACUGCAAAGCUGCCCUGACGGCCAUCUCGGGCCAUGGUGAUGAUCCCUUUAAGUUGGGCCUCUUGCUGAGGGACGCGCGCCGUCUCUGGAAGGAACUGGUGAGGCGCGGCUGUGCUAUCUCCUUGAUUUGGGUGCCGUCACACAAUAAGCACCCCCGCUGGCGGCCUUCGCCGGAUCACGAUGCGGAUGUGCUCCGCGCCUUUAACCAUGCUGCAGAUCAGGCGGCGGGCAAUUGCAUGCAAAACAGGCUCUUGGGCUCUCUCCGGGAGCGAUGGCAUCAACAGUGUGAGCAGGCUCGGGAUUGGGAGCUGGCUACCGUCAGACUUGCGGCAGCUGCUGCCGAGAAGCUGGACAAACAUGUGAAAAGUGUUCCCCUUGAUGAUGCUGAGCCCGCAGGGGCUGGGAGGUACAUGUCAGACGGACUGCGGCUUCCUGACUUCCCUCCCAUUCAACGUGUGGCGAAGGCUCUCAAUGACCUCGGACAGCAGCUGAGCGGUCUUCUCGAAGUCGCUCAGCCCCUAGACCACCGGAAAUUCUGGAGUUUUGUGGCUCAAGUGGGGAGGGGCUCCGCGUGCCUUGAGCUGGUUAACCUGUACUUUCCCGAGUGCAGGGCUGACACUUCCCACACGUGCCUUCGGGCCAUGGCUCCUUCUUCUGGAGGCCUUGAUUGUGGGUGCUACCUACACUUACGGCGAUCGUUGAAGCGAAUGAAUUGUGCUUUGAGUGAUGGUGCUUCUUUGUUGGGAAAAGAAGUGAAUGGGAAAGACAAGAGCUGCUUCGGCAGCUGGGGCAAAGCGUCUGGCAAUGACCGAGAUGCGCAACCGUGGGUGGCUCAGCGCCUGCAAAUGCUGAGCGCUUUCAUUGUUCGAGCACGUGAUUUUCAGCUUCAGCUGUUCCAGAAGGAUUUUGAUUGCUUGGCUCAACGUGGUGUGCCGAGAACUAUGGUGUGGAGUGCAGUAGGGGCCUUUGGCUUGUGGUCAGGGGCUUCAGUGGGGGCCAGCUCAGAUGGCACCAGUGGGGGCAGCAACUCUGCUGCCGUGGCAGAUCCUUGGCAGUCGGGGAUCGCUCUUGCAUCUGCCGAGGAUGAGUCUCAGGUGCAGCUCUCGAUGGGUGUUUGUCGAGAGGAUGCCCUUGCUAUUGCUGGGGAUGACUGCCCUGCUCAGGGGCUCCCUUUGGCGAGUGAGCUUUGUGUGCAUGCUUCUGACACGCAGGCAAGUGCAACAUUUGGGCUUCACAUGAUUGAGGACACUUUCUCUGAGGAGUUUCUUUACUACGUGCCGCAGGCAAGUGCAGCAUUUGGGCUCCACUUGAUUGAGGACACUUUCUCUGAGGAAUUUCUUUACUACGCGCCGCAGCAGCAGCUUCUUCCCUCAGCAUCUGGUCUGGACCUUGGUGCUGGGCCAUGUGGGACGUCGACUUGCGCUGCUGAGAACCCUGUGUGUGACAUUCAAGAAAUCAACAAGACCCGUGAAAGGGCAAAGACGAUGAGCCUUUAUGGCCGUGUUCUUAGUGUUCUGUGGGAGCUCAGCACUAUCAAGACCCGCGAAAGGGCAAAGAGUUGCUGCUGCCAUGGCCUGGGCUUGCUGGCGGCUGGCGACGGUGGCGGCCAGUUCUUCAUCGCGCAGGGCAAGGACACUGGGGCCGACGAUGCGGUGGGUGCAAUCCGGAUUUGGAGUUUUUGUCAGGAGGAGGUGGGGACCGUGCUGAGUGUGGUGGUGAUUGCCUUCAACAGGGUUUCCCUUCGCCCCUUCGGUUUAGACACCCUCCUGUAUGCUCUGGUGCGAUGCACAACUGCGAUUGUGGACUGCGGCCUGCUGAUGGGCAGCCUCUUCCGAGGCAGGGUGGUGACGGGCAAGUGCAAGGGAUCUCGGGUCAGGUUUGGAGGCGGCAACCCGUUUGAGGGCAUGAUGGCCAGCAUCACGGAACAGCUUAUGCCCAUGAUCACUGCGCUCAUUCAGAAAGCUGUGCAGGAAGCCAUUGCAAAUGCAAUGGGAGGUGCCCCGGCAACCCCUCCCCGUGUUGUGCUGCAGGAGCCGGACUUGGAGCGAGGGCCCAAGCGCCAUAAGCCUGACCCUAACCCCAGCAACAAGCGAAAAAACCAUGAGUCGAGCCGUCAUCCUUCGUCUCGUGAGCCGGGCGAGGGCAAAGCAGCUGGUGGCAGAGGUGGUCAGCCUGCUGCUGCAAAGGGCUCGGCCAAGGGUGCUGCUAAAGGCAGUGCAGAGGCGGCCCCACCCAAGUCUGGACCUAAGGGCAAAGGGCAGGGCGACCGGCCUCCUCGUGAUGCUGAGGGCUGGACCAAGGUUCAGCGUGCUCCCCCGCAGGGCCCCUUCCAGCUCCGAAGGCAGGAUUGGAGCGCGCAGUUGUUGUCGCAGGAUGGCAUUGCCAAAGCAUUGGACGAACUUAAACCGGGUUCUACUCUGGAAGCUGUCAUUCUUGUUGAGCCCUCGGCGUCCCGGGAAGUGUGGGUGAUCUCCUACGUUUUCGACGCCAAGGCCAUUAAAGUUGUUCCUGCGUCCACUUCGGUCGUCUACUUUAAGGUGCCUGAGAUGUACAUGACGCCUGAUAAAUUCAAGCAUUGGAAGAACAACCCGAGUCGUGCUGCUUCUUCUUGGGCAAGCUCUCACCAAAUCACUUUGAGUGACACGUGGGGUUGGGUCGAGGAGCAGCAGGCUGGCAAGCAAGGACUGCAGUUGUUUGGCAUUGCUCGCCUCCUGGACUCCGAGUUGUCUUCUCUCGUUGCUGUCAGUGGCCGGGAUGGAGUUUUUGUUGAUGUGCCGCGCGGCAAGCUUGUCUCCACUGUGCAGUGGCUUGCUGUUACCAAGGGGGAAGCUCCGACUGCGUACCUUGAACGCGGCCUCCGCAUGAGUGCUCCUUAUGGCCUUGCCACCCAGGGCGGACGCAUUGGCGCCAGAUCGCCUAGGGAUCCCUCACAGGCUGUCCCGCGUGUUUGGAAUUUCCCUCAUGUGCCGGCUAGCUGGGGACAGAAGGAAGUGCUGCAGGUGCUGGACCAAUCCUUCAAGGAUGUGGCUUUGAUUCAGCAUAAGCGCACUGGCGCUGAGUACUUGUAUCGCUUCAGAGCUACGCUUAAACACGGCGAUCUUGAUCUGGUUCCUUUGAGUGCUAUCGUCGAGAGCGAGCCGGGGAAGGACAAUGAAAUCACGCUGUGGGCUACGGUUGCACCCUAUAAGCCUAAGCAAGCUAAGCAGCGACCUCUGCGAUGUGCGCCGACUCCCUGUCUUGCCAAGGAGAAGCCUGCAUUGGAGCCCCAAUCCGUUAAAAUUCAGGUCCCCGCUGAACUGGAUGAUGACGGUAAGGAGGUGUCCCCUGCCAAACAUGUUGCGGCUUCGCAUCGGCAAAUCCCCUCGGGGUGUGAUCUCAUUGAGACUCCGAAAGACGGAGCCUGUUUGUUUCACGCCAUAGCGCGUGGCCUCCACUGGCUUUCGGGCCCUAAGAAAACUGAGCACUCCCACAGGGACUUGAGGGCGCGCUGUGUAGAGCACUUACGAAAAUAUGCUUCGCAAUAUAUAGGGGAAUGGGACGGCCACGGGCCGGCUCUACAAAAAUUGCGCGAAAAUGCCGCAUCUCCGGAGGACGCCUUUGAGGAAUACCUCAAGUUAAUUGCUUCGGAAUCUGCAUACGCCUCUACCAUCGAGCUGAAGGCUCUCGGACGUUUAUUUGAUUGCCACAUCCUUGUGAUCCCACGCGAUGGGAAUUUUAGUGCGAUGUCGUUUCAUGCGCAGCAGCGCAAAAGGAGGCUGGUGUUAUGGUACACGCCUCGGCACAUCGAGCUUCUUUUGCCAGCUAAGGAUGCUAAAGACUACCCAGAGGAGGUUUUCUCCGUUACGAGUGGUGCUGUCGUUGACCUGAGGGCUGGAGGGGAUGAUGUUUCCCAGUGCUCUGGUACUGUUUGGACUGCUUGCGCCCGAUCAAACCGAUCCAAGGCCAGCCGAUCAUCCUCUGUGAAGGCGGGCACUGUGUGGACUGUCACCAACGCGUCGAGCAGAAAGACCGCUUCUUCUCUUAAGCGCGCUCGCGGUGCUGCUGCGACGGUCUGGUCCCGAGCCGUCUCCUCUGGUGCUUCCGUGCAUUCUCAAAUGCCUGCCUUGCCGGAGUGCGACGAUGAUGAUGCCCCGCAACCUGAGCGGUUGCAUCAUGCCAGCCGGGCCCUGCCUCAAUCUGCCCUUGUGAUGGCCCGUCGUAAUCGCGGCCGAGCCUUCCCUGAUGGAGUUGCUAAAUGCAGGCUUUGUCCCUUUCGCCGCAAGUGUACUGAUCCUGUGAAGGCCUAUGCGGCCUAUCAGCGGCACUUCUUGGAUUCGCAUCCGGGGGAGAAGCUUGGGCUCGCUCCUGCCCGCAAGGCUUCCUGUGUUCGUGACCUCGCUGAUGGCGAGGGGGCGUACUGGAGAUGCAAACGGUGCCAGGCAGGCAUCUCUACUGCUGAUGCGGCCCGUUUUGGCAAGGACUCUCUGUGCCGCUUUCGCCGGGAGCAUAAAACACAGGCCCACCCGCGCGUCUCUUGGGCUGUGUGGAACAAGGAAGCGAAAUCACACUCGGCCACCAAAUGGGCCUCAAAGAUCAGUGUCACUCGCAACAAUGCCCAGAAGGCUAAGCUCCUGCCGGUGCUGCGCGAGCUGGAGGCUCAGGACUUUGAUGCCUUCGGGUGGCCGCGCCAGGCUGGGAAGGACACCAAUACUGUUGAUAAGUAUCCCUUGCGCAUAUGCCCGGCUUGGGUGUGCCGCAAAUGCCGAGCGCCGUGCCCCUCUGCAGAGAUCGCUAGGAAACAUCGGUCGGUCAAGGGACAGUGCCCUUCUCGCACUGCUAAGGCGAGGGCGUGGAUUCGGUUGCGCUCCCUUGCUGCCAAUAAGAAGCUUCAUGAUGCUGCUCCUGCCUCUGUUCGCAAAGAGCAAGGCGAGCUCGCCUUCGCUGCUGCUGAAAAGGUCAAUGUUCCUGAAACGGCUGGCAUCGGCUAUCGCAACCAGUGGAAAGCGCAUGGCCGGCAUGUUGCUCUGAGUGCUCCUGAGGAUCUCGGCAGCCGGGUUGCUUUGGUCAGCGAUUUUCCUUUUCGGCAUGUCCAGCUGUGUAAGGGUCCUGCUUCCACCAGGCACGUGGCGGGACUCUUCAAUUUGCGAUCCCUCCCUGAGGAUGAUUCUUCGCUCCCUGCGAGCUCCCGGAGUGCCACUGAUGAAACCAUCCUGGUGGUGGCCUUUUAUGGCCAGGCCGGCAACGAGCCAGUUGCCCAGACACAAGUGGAUGAGGUUUUGGAGUGUGCGGUUGCCUCGGGUUAUAGGUUUGUGGUUUUGGGCGACUACAACCUUGAGCCUUCCCAAGGCCGCUUAGGAUCGCUAAUUUCGCAAGGCACCGUGCUUGCUGGUGAUGAAUGUGCGCGUGGCCGGCCCCUUCCUGCCACGGGCCCGGUCAAUGCCCAAGGAGUGCGCUCUCGUCGCAUUGAUUUUGCUGUUAAUCAUCGUGACUUGCCUGCGGUUUCUGUGGAUCACUUUACGUGCGAUUUUUCGGACCACUUGGGGGUACACUACUCGUAUGCCCUUGAUGCUCCUUGCCCCUUGGUUGGGCCUAAGCGAUGUAAGCCUCGUGAUGAUCUCCAGUCUUCUGACUUGGAGUCCAGAUGUGCUCAAAUUGAUGCUGGCCCUUUUGCGAGCGCCUUGGAACAGAAUGAUUUGGACGGGGCUUGGCGCUUCUUGUCGAACACCGCCGAGCUUUUGCUGUGUGAGCCGUGCUCUGCAGAGUGCGUUCCUCGCGCGUCUUCCUGGGAGCCUGUCGCCCACAGUGCGGCGGGACGGGCUGGCAAGCAGCUUGUGAAGUCGGAGGGCCUGCGCCUUUUGCUGCGACUCCGUGCGAGGCUUCAGGUUCUUUCCCACCGGACGAACGAUGCUUUGCUGGUGGCGCGAAUCAGGCGCUCACUCCGGUCCACGCGCUUGAAGGUGCCCAGCCUGCCUUAUGCCCGUGAUGGCGAUGAGCUCUCUCUUCUCCCACAUGUUGCACAGCUCAUUGAGACUUUCACGCAGCAGGAGGAGGAGGCAAGAAAGCAGAUGUGGCGCACCAGGACGCGUGCUGACCUGCCUCGUGCCCGGUCUUUUGUGAAGCGGCGCGCUGAUGAGCAGCUUGCUUGGGAGCGUCAGCUUCCGGAUGUUGCCAGUCCGGGCGACCCUGCACAUCCGGCGGUCGCGGUUGCAGCUGUGGCAAAGGACCUGCGGGCGAAGCUCUGUCCCGCGUCCUUUAGGGCGGUUGACAUGCAGGCCAUGCGUGAUCUGUUGCGGCCCCUGCCGCGCCCCGCAAGCUCGGAGGUCGUGCCUAACAUCACGCCAGAGGCUCUCCGACGCUCAAUGCAGUCCAUGAGGCACCGUGCUGCCGGGCCGGAUGCGUGGAAACCUGGACUGCUAUGUUCCAUGCCUGAUCUUUGGUGGGUGUGGACCUCCCAGCUGUGGAAUCGGUGCCUUGCUUGUUGUGACGUCCCCGCCCAGUGGGCACAGGCACGUGUGGUGAUGAUUAAGAAAAUCAAGGGGGGCUUCAGGCCGUUAACCAUCUCUCAAGCUGUCUGGCGUGCGGGAGCAAGGAUUUUGAAUGCCCAACUCUCCGACUGGAUAGGUUCUUGGAGCUCUCCGUCGGAUGCCGGUGGCAUCCCGGGCACGUCGGUGUCGGGUGCCCUGCUUCAGCUGAAUGCUGCAAUGCGCGGUGGCGCUAACGUUGCGGUUCAACAGGACAUUGCGGGGUUCUUUGAUGCCAUCCAGUUUGAAGCCCUAGAGGUCCUCCUUUCUCAUUUGAAAGCGCCGCCUUUUCUUUGGCCGCUGCUGAAGGCCUUUUACACGCGAGCUUCGCGCAUCGUCCAACUUGAUGGUGCAUACAGUGAUGCCUGGUUUAAGCCCCGCUUGGGUAUAGCUCAGGGUUGUCCCUUAAGUCCCACCCUUGCUGCCGCAUUUAGCCACCUUUGGACCUUGGCUGUGUUGAGGCAAGGGGUUUCAGGCCUGGUCUACCUGGACGACCGGUCCUUCUGGACUUUCUCUGCGGAUCUUGGCGACCUGGAGCAUGCGAUUCGGCGCUCCGACCGAUUCGAUGCCACUUGUGGUCUUGAAAUUUCCCUGCCAAAGUGUGCGAUCGUGGCGCCGGAGGGUCAUGUCGAGGCCUCUGCUCUGGCUGCCCGAUUCAACUAUCAGUUUUCGCAAACCCUUGAAGUCUUAGGUGUCACUGUUUCCUUUAAUGAUGAAUGGGGCUUGCUGAAAUUUUCCUUGAGAAAAGCUUUGCUGCGCAUGGACCUUUUGCGCUGGGUGACCGCUUGCAGUCGACUGCGGGCCCUCAUGCUGAAAUCACUUGUUUACCCGUGCUUGGUGUGGGCCGCUGCCUAUGCCACGCCACUGGCAGGCGAGAUGAAGCAAGUUAGAGAUGCUGCGAUUCGUGUUUUUGACUGUCAAUUUUCCUUUGAAGCCCCGCGUGUCCUGAUCUUCGAACAUGUGGGGUGGAUGCUGGAGCCACAGUGCGCUGCUGACUCUGCUGUGCUCCGCGAGGCCUGGCGCCUCCUCUGCAAGCCUCCGGCCUUUGCUCUGGAGCAGCCGCGUGAUGCCCGGGGCCAGCGCUGGGAUCAGCUGUUGCCUGCUGCGCCUGGCCUCCUUCGCAAAUUGGGGUGGAGCGUUGUUGAACGCCCUGAUGGCUUCUUUUUCGCCUGCCGUGAUGACUUAGGGAUCUCUCGUGAGGUGCAGGUCGGAUGGGAGAGCUUUGCUGAGGUUAAGGGCUGGCUGUUUGACCAUUACCGGCACCUUUACAUGCAGAGAUGCCAGCGCGUCUGGCGGAGCUUUCAUAGGCCGGACCCGAGCCUUGCGCGCGGCCUGGAUCUGGCACCUCCGUCGCGGGAUGCGCGCUUCAGCUUUCGUGGGCACCGCGUUGCCAUGCAUGAGGCGACCACUCCUUAUAUGAGACGGGCUGCUGCUGUCACGGGAGGCUCGUGCUGGUUCUUUACGGCCGGGCAGGGCUUGAACGAGCAGCAUAGGCGCAUGCAGUGCCUCUGCGGAGCGACUGCUCCGUCGCGACCGCAUGUGACCUGGGUUUGCGAGUGCACCGAGGCGCUCCGGCGGGAUCACCCCCCUCCGACGAAUCGGGCGGAGGAGCGCAUGUUUGCCAAGUCGACUCCCUUGAAACCUCCGGCGCCUGCCGCCUCUGACUGUGGGGCUUUUCGGGCGGACUUGGAUGCUGCUUUCCGUGCUGCCCUCGGCUCUGGCAGGAGCAGGAUUUAUGCGGCUACUGAUGGCUCCAGCCAUCGAUCUGUCGGUGCUUAUGCGGUGGUGAUCGGCGAUCCGUCUUGUGUCUAUGCCAUGGGCACUGGGGCAGAGGAUCAAUCCCCGUAUCGGCAGGAAGUUCUGGCCCUCCACGCGGCCUUUGCUUCGGUCCACCGGGUGUGGAGUGAGGGCUGCGAGACGUGCAUUUUCAUCUUGACCGACUGCAAAGCUGCCCUGACGGCCAUCUCGGGCCAUGGUGAUGAUCCCUUUAAGUUGGGCCUCUUGCUGAGGGACGCGCGCCGUCUCUGGAAGGAACUGGUGAGGCGCGGCUGUGCUAUCUCCUUGAUUUGGGUGCCGUCACACAAUAAGCACCCCCGCUGGCGGCCUUCGCCGGAUCACGAUGCGGAUGUGCUCCGCGCCUUUAACCAUGCUGCAGAUCUGGCGGCGGGCAAUUGCAUGCAAAACAGGCUCUUGGGCUCUCUCCGGGAGCGAUGGCAUCAACAGUGUGAGCAGGCUCGGGAUUGGGAGCUGGCUACCAUCAGACUUGCGGCAGCUGCUGCCGAGAAGCUGGACAAACAUGUGAAAAGUGUUCCCCUUGAUGAUGCUGAGCCCGCAGGGGCUGGGCCUUGA